AAUUACCUGCCCCCACCCCAGGUAAUUGAAAUUGACUCAAAUCGGAUCAAUUCAAAAUAUCUCAGAUUGAUCCAUCCAAAUUUUUUGUUGGCAAACGAGGCAAUUUAGUACAAUUAUCUCAAAACGAGACAAUUGUAUCAAAUUGAUCCGUUACAAUUCCUCAUCCAAACGACCACUCAAAGGCAUGGUCGAGCAAAAUUAUACGAAAAUAACGUGAAAAAUGAGAAAAGCAAGUGGAUUUCCCGUCCGCUGCUCUCGAAUGUGAAGAACUCCUGACAUAACAUCUCGGGUUACCAUUUUAGAAUCGAUGGAGGCAAAUUAUGAAACUAAAUAUUUUUUGCUUAGCUGAUUCCUUAACUUCAUCCAUUCUUUAUUUAUUUAUUUAUUUAUUUUUACUGGAAUCUGUGGAACUUCAUUCUUUAUUUACUUCAACGUUUAGGAGGACUUAGGCUUAUUCCUUACUGAUGACCCAUCUACUAUAGCUUGAUAUGUGAGGGCUACGUAUAUCAGAAGGUAGGAGCUUUAGUAAAUCCUUCGGCUUAUUUUACCCUUAACUUCAAGUAAAUGAACUCCCUUUUCUUUUUAGGCGCAAAAAAAUUUCCAUAUCCAUUAUUCUAAAUUCAUAUCAAACAAAUCCUGGAUUUCAACAUUUAGGAUCAAUUCUUUUGAUCUUGUGCUGUGUUGGCUUUUGUACAAUCUUUUUCUUUUUAAUAAAUUCAUUUCACCCUUAUUAAAAAAAUACUUUUAUGGAAUCGUAUCAAAAUAUGCAGUUGUCACUUACAUGGUCAAGUUGAAAGUGUUGCAUAUAUGGACAAUUUGAUGUUCUUAGUCUUUUAAGUGUUGCAUGUAGCUAGGUUAAUUUGAUUCAAACUCAUCUAACAUCUUAGUGAAAAGAACAAUUUUCUUAAUCAUUGUCAAAAAAUUUAACAUGUCUUUCAGAACAACGUAUAGAAAUGAAAUUCUUACACAUGAAUGGUUCAUAAGAAAACUAUACAUUUCCAAAAAAAUAAAAAUUGAAAUGGUGAACUAUGAGACGGAAAAAAAUUACUAUCGUAUUGGUAUCCCCAAAGUAGUAACUCUUAUAAAAAAAAGUAGUAACUCUUGCUCUAUUUUGCAGACAUAGGUACACUUUGUCAUUUGCUAGCUUUCUGCUUCCAUUUAGCCCUUGAUAGUUGGACGAAUAUGUCAAUUUCCCAAGACCCAAUUUAAGAUAGUUAGAUUGAUUGAUUUCCACAACAAAAACAACAGUGUUGAAUGAGUAACACCUUGCUUCCUUGCCGUCAGAUGUGUAAGCUCCAUUUGCGCUUCCACUGUCCAUGACUCCAUACUACUUGCAAAGAAAGAAUUCAUAUUUCCUUGCAGCCUCCCUUUAGGCAUCAAGGCCGUUUCUUCGUCCCCUUAAUGAUAGAGUUUGGACUAUAACCAUCAUUACAUCAAUGACAACAAGUUCCUUGUCUAAAGGAACUCAUUGAUGGGUAAUUUAACCUAUCAUAUUGAUCACCUGCAUCAGCCUCAACAAAUAUUCGGAAUUUAUUCGGUGGUUUAGAUGUCUCGAUCAGAUUAGUUAUCGAACAACUAACUUUAAUUUUGUGACCAUAUCCUAAUCGAGAUGACUUAUUUUUACAACUCUAGUGUUAUGGUAGUGAGGGACUAGAGAGGAGAGAUUUAGAGGACAGGGUCAGAGUCAGGAGGAAAAUUGUAGAAAAUAAAGGGCUUGGGCAGGUGUUGCUUUUACAACUCUGGAGAGUUUUGAUAGUCGAUGGAUGGUUGGGGAAGCCAGACCAGAGGCAGGACUAGAGAGGAGAGAUUUAGAGGACAGGGUCAGAGUCAGGAGGAAAAUUGUAGAAAAUAAAGGGCUUGGGCAGGGUCGAUUCUAGCUGAGUUCGUACUUCGUAGUGGGCUAGGUGAUAUUAUUAGAUAUUAUUUGGGUUGUACUUUGACAUCUCGGUUCAUCGGGUCGGAAUAUUGAAUAUGUCCCGAACCGACAACCAAAAUCCAGCUUCCCGACUUCUGAAUUGUGGCCUUGUCUAUUUCGAUUCAGUGCAACUCGAGAUCUGUUCGACCAAUUCAAGUUUCCGGAACUGGAUUUUGACUAUUGAUAGAUCCCUUAUUUUGAUCCAUAGAUCUACAAGUAGGCUCAAGAUCCGCCUACCUAAAAUGUUGUUUAGCGCCUGCUGACUCAAUUGGUGCAAUCGAGCCAUAAGUGUGAAUCUUGUAGUUGUGCCCCAUACAUACAUCGAUGGUUACUCUCAUUUCCUCCGACAUAGCCCUUUCACCAUUAUGAGUAUCUUGUUUUGGACCCCGGCAUGAACUGACACGCAAAGUUAUAGCUUGACAAUUGUGACUUUCCGACGAUUUGCACAUCUACCGUCCAAUUGUGCUUCUUCUUCUCCACUCCGCAAGGACAUGCAUCGACCAUAUUGGCGUCCUUUCUCUCAAAUGACGGAUGUGACUUUCCAAAAGAUUUUGCACAUCUACCAUUCCACUACCUAGCUACGUGCGUAUCCCCUUCACAACCAAACCAAAGGAGAUCCACCAUACUGCAUCGUCCUUCUCAAGUUUACAUUCAUAGAGAGGAAUAAAGCUCCUAAGCUAGCGUGGGGGAUUAAUACAAUUUGCACUCAAAACUUUUAGGAUUUUAGAGAAUUCAUGCCUAUGUAUGAAGGUGUUCUAUCGCGUCCUAAUUAGUUUAACUAGGAAGAUAUCGUAGCGAUUAAAAUUAUGUGCCAUAAAAAACGAUCAUGCGACUCCACACACAUGGGUGCAUCUACUAUACACUUCGAUAUAACAAAUUUGACAAAGAAUAUCAAAGUGAAGUCGAAAAUAUGUGGAGUAACGACAAUUAAUAUGCCAUUUGUCUAAAUAGUCAAGAUCUUUCAGACGUAGUUGGAUGAGAGGGGUCAAAUGCUAGGCAAAACCCUAAUUGACCACUGGCUCAUGACUUAUAAAUACCCCAUUAUCCUCACACGAGCAUGCAUGAUUAUGGAUUUUAAGCUAGUAACCCCCUUAUCUUCUCUCUAAUCCCAUUAGUAGUCGAUUUGACUGUCAAGUUUAUAACAUUCUAUACUCUGCUUCUUUGCAAGUCUUACUUUUAGACAAAACAAUCAACCCAUCUAAUUACGUCUCAUCCUUCUCACUUUUGAACCUUUUUUCACCUCAGUCUUGCCAAAUCUACCCACCAUCUGCAGCGAAACAUAUACAAAUUAAAAGUUCCAUGUUUACUUGUACUAAGUACUAAAAUCUUAUUAGGUGAUUAGCCAGCUAGGUGUCAAAGGAGAACCAUAUAUAAUGCACAAAUGAAACAGGGUUCCAUGGGCGUGGAAGAAAUAUGCCAUGGAUAUAUAUCUUCGUCAUAUAUAAUCGAAAGAAAGGUGGCUGUUGCAUUAUUAAUGUAUAAAAUGGCUUGACAAACACAAGCCCACAUCCACCACUCCACACCUUUGUCCUCUUCUUCUUUUUUCUUCCUCCUCCAUUUCUCUGCAACCCCAAAGUUCGAAUUCUGCAUUUCUCCAAAUCAAGGUAUAAACAUAUUGAAACCCAAAUCAGCGUUUCUUCCUCCUCGUCUACUGUAUUUGUUUUACUCAAUCCGUGAUGAUACGUUCCCGUGUUAUUGCAGAGAGAUAUAUAAAAAUAUAAACAGCUAGCAAUAGUGGUAUAAUUAUACUUAAGUAAGUGGAUACAUAUAGCUAGUGAAGAUGUGGAAGCUAAAGAUAGCGGAAGACGGCGAUUUUCUGACCACAACCAACGGCCACAUCGGGAGGCAACACUGGGAGUUCGACCCGAAUGCCGGAACCGCUGAAGAAAGGAAAGCCGUGGAAAGGGUUCGUGAAGAGUUCAAGCUCAAUCGAUUCAGAGUGAAGCAGAGUGCUGAUCUCUUGAUGAGGAUGCAGCUGACGAAAGAGAACCCAACUGGGAUGAUUCCAUCAGCAGUGAAAUUGAAGGUAAGUGAAGAGAUAACAGAGGAAGCUGUGAAAACCACAUUGACGAGGUCCAUCAGCUUCUACUCCUCCAUUCAAGCCCAUGACGGCCACUGGCCUGCUGAAUCUGCUGGGCCACUCUUUUUCAUGCCCCCUUUGGUAAUGGCACUGUAUGUGACUGGAUCACUCCACACGGCCCUGUCAUUGGAGCACCAAAAGGAAAUCAAGCGUUACAUUUACAAUCACCAGAAUGAAGAUGGAGGAUGGGGAUUGCACAUUGAAGGGCACAGCACCAUGUUUGGAUCUGCACUAAGCUACAUAUGCUUAAGGCUGCUUGGAGAGGGCCCUGAAGGUGGGGAAGACAAGGCUGUUUCCAGAGGUCGAAAAUGGAUUCUGAGUCAUGGCGGUUUAGUUGGCAUACCUUCUUGGGGAAAGUUUUGGGUCUCUGUACUUGGACUGUAUGAAUGGUCAGGCUGCAACCCGUUUCCACCAGAGUUCUGGCUGGUUCCACCAAGCUCCCCUGUCCAUCCAGGCAAAAUGUUGUGUUAUUGUCGACUGGUUUACAUGCCAAUGUCAUACCUCUAUGGGAAGAGAUUCGUUGGACCGAUCACUGCGUUGAUUCAAACCCUUAGGGGAGAACUCUACAAUGAGUCAUACCAUAAGAUCAACUGGAAUGCGGCCAGAAACACAGUCGCAAAGGAGGACCUCUACUACCCACAUCCUUUAGUACAGGACUUGACGUGGGGAUUUCUUCACCACUUUGCAGAGCCUCUGCUGACACGCUGGCCAUUCUCUAAGGUGAGGGAGAAGGCAUUGCGAGUGGCCAUGGAACAUGUUCACUACGAGGAUGAGAACAGCAGAUACCUCUGCAUCGGAUGCGUCGAAAAGGUUCUGUGUCUCAUGGCUUGUUGGGUUGAGAAUCCCAACUCAGAAGCCUACCAGCGCCAUCUGACUAGGCUUCCUGAUUACUACUGGGUUGCUGAAGAUGGCCUCAAGAUGCAGACAUUUGGGUGCCAAACGUGGGAUGCUGUUUUUGCAAUCCAGGCAAUCAUGUCUAGCAACUUGAGCAAUGAGUAUGGGUCGACUCUCCGAAAAGCACACGAUUUCUUGAAAGCUUCACAGGUGAGAGAGAAUCCGAGUGGCGACUUCAAGGCCAUGUAUAGGCACAUAUCCAAAGGGGCUUGGACCUUCUCAGCUCAAGAUCAUGGUUGGCAAGUUUCUGAUUGCACUGCUGAGGGACUCAAGUGUGCACUUUUGUUCUCUCAAAUGCCCGUAGAACUUGUGGGGGAGCCGAUGGGGAAAGAGCAGUUGUUUGAUGCUGUUAAUGUCAUUCUUUCCCUUCAAAGCAACAAUGGUGGAUUCCCAGCUUGGGAGCAACAAAGAGCGUUUCAAUGGUUGGAGAAGUUUAAUCCAACCGAGUUUUUCGAAGAUACUUUGAUUGAGAGAGAGUACAUAGAAUGCAGUGGAUCAGCAAUUCAAAGCCUUGCGAUGUUUGGGAAACACUACCCUACACAUAGAAGGAAGGAAAUCGAUCUUGCCAUCGCAAGAGGGGUCCAUUACAUUGAACAAACACAAAAUCCCGAUGGUUCGUGGUACGGAUGCUGGGGUAUUUGCUACACGUAUGGGACAUGGUUUGCCGUGGAGGGGCUGGUUUCUUGUGGUAGAAGUUACACCAAUAGCCCGGCGUUACGAAAAGCCUGUCAAUUCUUGCUGUCCAAGCAACUCCCUUGUGGUGGAUGGGGGGAGAGCUAUCUUUCAAGUCAAAACAAGGUGUACACGAAUUUGGAAGGAGGCCGCCCAAAUUUGGUUCAAACUGCAUGGGCCUUGCUCUCCCUAAUUGAUGCUGGACAGGCUAAUGUGGAUCCCACACCAAUCCAUGAGGGGAUAAGGCUGCUGAUCAAUUAUCAAAUGGAGGACGGUGACUUCCCCCAGCAAGAAAUUACUGGAGUUUUUAUGAGGAAUUGUACGUUGAAUUACUCCUCGUACAGAAACAUCUUCCCCAUUUGGGCUCUAGGAGAGUACCGCAGAUGUGUGUUGUAUGCGUAAACAUAUGUGCUCUCCCAUUCUUAGUAUAGUAUUUGUGUAAGUUAAAUGAAGUUUAAACCAUGUUGUAUUUCAUACUGCUACAUAGAUCAACAUUCAUAUAUGAAAUAAUAUUAUGAACUAACAGUACGAUGUUUUAUCUAAAAAAAGUGCCAUGUAUAAUUCUAUAUCUAUGUAAUAUCCAAUUUACGUAUAAAUGAGAAAGAUAGAUAGAAAAUAAUCAUUUUCUUUUAUG